GAGGUAGCUGUAAUGAAACAUAGGAAGCACCAAGAUAGAAAAAACACAUCCGAGCGUCUUAGUGGAUGUCUUUGCAGCUCAAACUCUCACUAAUUCUUCUCAAGAAAUCUCUUUCACACAUCCUAACAAAUGAUACUUCUUCUCAGACCAUAUAAACGAAACCCGCUGGCCCAGACAGAGUCUCUACUUUCCUGAAUAUGUUCUUUUUCAAUUUCCAAAUCGUGAGAUAGUCUGACGAAGAUUUCGCCAUGGAAGCAACCACACGAAUCUUCAGUACUUGUGCUCUCCAUCGUCGUCUCCUUCUCACCAAGAUCAACGUAAAUCCAGAUCCACUAUUGCUCCGUUCUCCCUCUCGCAAUGCCGUCGCUCGUAUACGCUGCUCCUCGCUUCCCUCGAGUCCCAACCUCUUCAAAUCUCUCUUCUCCCUCACCACCUCGAAUCCCCCCCAUCUCCAGAACUCCGCCGCUCACGCCAACCCGCUCCGAUCCGAACCCAAAGACGCCGCCGCCGUCUGGACCAGAGCUCCUCCACGGCCCACCCUGAACGGAGGAGGAGGAAGCGCGAACAACACGUUCGGCGAGAACGGGAGAGAGACGACGGUGGUUCUCCUCGGCUGGUUAGGAGCGAAAGCGAAGCACCUGAGGAGGUACGUCGAGUGGUACAACUCCAGAGGGAUCAACGCCGUUACUUUCACCGUCGACGUUAGCGAUUUGCUCAGGUUUGAUCUCGGACGGAGGCUCGAGCGGCGGAUUGAUGAGUUCGGGAACGAAUUAGUUAACUGGGUGUCGGAGAAAGAAGAGGACGGGAGAGAGAAGUGCUUGGUGUUCCACAGUUUCAGUAACACUGGUUGGCUUGUCUAUGGUGCCUUGUUGGAGAGCUUUGUGGGCAGACAAGAGUUAGUAGAAAAGAUUAAGGGUUGUAUCAUUGAUUCUGGAGGAGCAGAUCCUCUAGAUACCAAGAUUUGGGCAGCUGGUUUUACUGCUGCUAUAUUGAAGAAGCGUAGUUCCACUAUAAACACAGAACCAAACAGUCCCGGAAACGAAGAAGUUGAGCAAAAGAAGGAACCUCUAGGAAUCGAAAGCAUGAUGCUAUCAUCUCUAGAGAAACUAUUCCCCAUUGUCUUAAACAUCCCAGAGGUCAACAUGAGGCUAAACAGGAUCACCCGGAAACUCUAUGGAAACCAUCCUCCAUGCCCUCAGCUUUAUCUUUACAGCUCUGGUGACAAAGUUGUUCCUUGUCAUUCCGUAGAGACGAGGAUCAAAGAACAGCGGAUGAUUGGGAGAAACGUACACUCUUUCAAUUUCAAGUCGUCUCCUCAUGUUGAUCACUACCGUAACUUUCCAGACUUGUACUCCUCGCAGCUUCACAACUUCUUGCAAGAGUGCUUCAAGCCAACAAAGCAGCAGCACGCUGUCUGAUUUUGAGAACAUAGAUCUUUUUUGUGGCCUGGUUCGUUUAUUUUGUCUUGGCUGAAUGAUUCUGUUUCUAAAUCUGCUCUUCUAAAAGUUGCGGAUUCGGUUCAAAUGGUUAGCUUUGGGGUUAA